AUGACCAGUAGUAACAACCAUCAUGAAGAAGGCUUUGCAUCUUGUGAGGACACUGUUCAAGAGUCCCAUCAACAAGUAUUAUCCUCAUCAACAGAGAAAAGAAAGCACCACCACCAACGAAGCUCUUCAUCUCCCAUCGCAAUCAUACGAAGCUCUGGAUCAAGUCCUUCUUCUUCACCAACCACAACCACAACUACUACCAAUUCUACUAGUACUGGUAACAGCAGCAGUAGCAGUAACAACCAUACGGACGCCCCUUCUUCCUUUCCUCAUAAAGCCUCUCAUCAUCAUCCUCACCGAAAAACUCGUAAACCAUCUCCUCUUUUAUUGCAUCAUCAACAACAACAGCAAAACAGUGAGAUGAUGUUCAUGAAUAACAUGAUGAGUAGCACCUUGAUCAAUCAUCAUGGUAGCAAUAAUCUUCUCAAUCCUCAAACGACAACUUCUUUGAGGAAUGAUUUUGAGGCUUUCCAUGCGUUGGGACAAAGUGCCACCUCUUCCAUGCUCUUUCCUUCAUUGAAUCCUUCGCCUUCUCAAGGAGUUGUAAAUAUGAGUAGUACAAACAGCAAUGGUAGUAGCCACAACGAUACCACCAUGAAUAACGAUACCAUCGCAAGCAUGAAUGACAUGCACAACAUGGUGAUGGAUCCAAUGACCCUAGCCUCUGCCUUGUUGUCAGGUCAGAUUAACCUUACUGCCCUUAAUGAAGAGCAGUUAAAUACUCUCCGGUUAUUGAUAAGUCAUCCACAACAGCUGUCACCUCAAACUCAACAACAAGUAGGACAUUCAGAGAACUAUGCUUCCAAUAACAUGCUUUUCAUGAAUCCUAACACGCAGGAACUUGUCACAAAUACUACAGGUAUAGAUUCACACAUGCAUGUACGAAGACACAGCGUUGCAAGUCAAAUGUCUCUCGAUUCCGUCUACUCUCCAAGCAUGAACAAUCAGAAAACAUUUUCUUCAACCUUAAACGUUCCCUCAUCAAACCUUUUCCAGGAGUCGCCAACAACUGCAACCCCUCAAGAAGGUGGUCAUUCUCUAGAUCCUGCAAGUAGCAACAUGCCAUCAAAUGCAACUGAAAUUAUUCAUUAA